GUUGAUGGUGGAUGGGUGUUUUUAUUUGAAAAAUACGAGUGAAGAUUUUUUAGAAAAUAAGAUUUUUAAAUAAAUAAUAAAAUAUUUUACUCAAAGGAUAUUUAUAAAGACAUAAAAACUUAUAGUUGAAAAAUGAAAUUUAUCAUAAAUAAAAAAUUAACGAUAUGGAUUACAAUAGCGGCGAUUAUAGUAGUGGCAUUGACAUUAGGUCUAGUAUUCGGUCUUAAAGGAAACAAUGAACCUCGCAUAGUGGGUGCAGUUGUAUCGAAUGGCAGAGGUUGUGCUGAAAUUGGAAGUCAAAUGUUAUUUGACGGUGGAUCCGCUGUGGAUGCAGCUAUAGCUACACUGAUAUGUGAAGGAGUUAUUUUACCUCAUAGUAUGGGCAUUGGCGGUGGAUUCAUGGCUACUGUUUAUACAAAAAAAAACGGAAAAAUUGAAACAUUAAUGGCCCGCGAAUCGGCUCCGGCUGCUGCUCAUAAAAACAUGUUUGUGGGUCAAACUUCAAUAACGGGUGCAAAAGCAGGAGCUGUUCCUGGCGAAAUACUUGGAUAUUGGGAAUUACACCAGAGACACGGCCGUUUGCCCUGGAAAGUUCUAUUUCAACCCACCAUUAAACUUUGCAAGGAAGGCCAUUGGGUGUCCAAGUAUUUAGCAGCUGCUCUAAUUUCGAAAGAAACUGCGAUUCGAAAUGAACCCACAAUGGCUGAAAUAUUUGUAAAAGAAGAUGGUUCGUUAUAUAAAGAAGGGGACUACAUGAAACGUCCUGCACUGGGCAACACUCUAGAAAGAAUUGCCAACAAUGGAGUUGGGGAAAUGUAUGAUGGUGGUGAGACCGGUAAAAUGUUUGCUAAGGACAUACAAGAAAUGGGGGGCAUAAUAACAGAACAAGACUUAAAAAAUUAUAGGGUUAAAUGGGAAGAUACAAAUCAUGUUGUAGCUAAUGUUACAGGUGGUUAUAAAUUAUAUACAACACCUUUGCCGUCGAGUGGUGCUGUUUUAGCUUUCAUAUUAAAUGUUAUGAGCGAUUUCUACUCAAAUGACCGUGAAAUAUACUGGCAGCGUGUAAUCGAAACUUAUAAACAUGCUUAUGGUCAGCGCACAAAUUUGGGAGAUCUAGAGAACGAGACGGAAAUGUAUAAUACCAUUGCGGAAACAUUUGACAAACUUAUCAGCGAAGAAUUUGCUAAAGACAUUCGUAGUCUUAUAUACGACAAUAGAACUUUUGAAGAUAUGACUUAUUAUGGAGCAAAUUUCACAAUUGAAGAAGAUCAUGGGACAGCAAAUAUGGCAGUAUUAGCCGAAAAUGGCGAUGCUGUUACAGUUACAAGUACUGUUAAUAACUACUUCGGUUCAAAGGUGCGCUCGCGAAGUACUGGCAUUAUAUUGAAUGAUGAAAUGGACGAUUUCUCAACACCAGGUGUUAUCAACUCAUUUGGGGUGCCAUCUUCGCCAGCCAACUACAUCAAGCCCGGCAAACGGCCAAUGUCUUCUAUGUGCCCAGUCAUAAUUUUAGAUAAAGAGGGUAAUGUCAAAAUGUUAGUAGGCGCUGCGGGGGGUACGAAAAUUACUACAUCUGUUGCAUCGGCUAUAAUCAAAUAUUUGAUAUUUAAUGAAACUAUGGAACAGUCGGUUAAUGAUGGUCGGCUGCACCAUCAGUUAGCGCCAAUGCGAAUCGAUGCAGAAUUAGAGGUGCCGAUAAAUGUCCGUAAUUAUUUAGCAAAAGUAGGUCACAAUUUAAACAUAUCUCCAGAGGGUAGUAGUUUUGCUGCGGUAACUGCUAUUGGUGUGCGGACCGGAGUCCCAGAGCCAUUUUACGAUCGUCGAAGGGUUGGUAGUACAGCCACUAUACAAGCACGAAAUAAAAUGAAUCAUUAGAUAAUAGGUAUAUUAUAAAUGUAAAUAAAUAUUUUUAGUAUGUAUAUAUUUAUAUAUUUUAGUAUAUAUGUAUAUAUUAUGUUAUAUUAAUUAUAGAGGUACAUACAUACAUAUGUAUGUAUUUAUGUAUGUAUGUAUAUGUGUGUACAUAUGUAUAUUAGUGUCUCUCAAAAAAAGUUUUUUAUUAUUUUCAUGGGUGCUCAAGCAUAAUUUAAAAGCUUUUCAGAUUUUUCGGAAGAGGUUUAGGGUCGCUAUAUUAGAUAAAAUUUUUCGUAAUUUUUCCAUAAAUUUUGUAAAAAACGCUUUAUAACUUUUAAAUUUUUUUUUAACUAACAAUGCAGUAUGAAAGAUCUAUUAAUUCUUAAUAAUUUUGGUUAUACCGGUUACCAGCUUUGUAGUUUAUGAUAUUUUUAUAAGCUGGUUGCCAGUUUACAACUCAUACCCAAAAAAUAAAUAAAAAUCAAAUGUUCUAUAGAUAUUUGCAAAUAAAUUCGCGAUUUGUUAAAUUCUCAGUAUUUAAAGCAAACUUAAACUUUUAUGUACACAAAAUAAUUUUAUUUUAUUUGAUUUAUUGUUGAGCUGAUAACAAAGCAAAACAAUUGAAAUUUUAAAAUUUAAUAUUCAUCGGGUACAAACCUUAAAAAUGGUAUACCUCGGUAAGACCAAGACCAAAUUACAUUUUUUUAAAUUGUCUAGAAUCUAUCUAUCUUGGAAACAGAAUCACUAGUUUUUAUACUUUUUCUAUAAAUUUUAAAAGUUAUAAACCGUUUUUUACGGAAUUUAUCAAAAAGUUACAAAAAAUUAAUACUUAUUGAUACCUUAAUGGGCAAAAGUAUUGUCGGAAGUUGUGGUUUAUGCGCAGAGAAUUAAUAGCUUUGACAUUUAUCUCUUUGGUCAACAAAUUAAAACUACGCACAAUGCUAUAGAAAAAAAAGAGGGAAAUUCUCUGCGAGUUGCUAAGUUGUCCCUAAUUAAUUUGGCACGAAAAAAACAUAAACAUUUAUUAAUAGUUUUAAUGAAAUUUCACAGUUAUGUAGAUUUUUCUAUUAAAAAUGGAAAAAUAAAAACAAAUUUUGAAAUUUAUUAUCUGCAAUCCCGCAAUUCCGAAAAAAAUGUUGAAAAAUCCGUAAAAUGGGAAUUUUUAUUUUUUUGGCUAUAAUAUCCAUAUCAGGGUCGGGGGUAUCGGAACCCUUUUGCAAAAUAAUUAAGAAGAUGUUGGGUCAUCUAAAAUCUGUUACUAUAUUUGGAUUUCGAAUAUGCGAUUGCAGAAUUUUUGCCCUAAAGUUAAAUUUUAGAUAAAAAAUAGGCGAAGAAAACUAAAAAAAGGCCGACAAACACGAUUUUUGAAAAAUCUCAAAAAUAUUUGACCCUAUAAGCUUUCAAAUUAUGCUUGAGCCCCAACAAACAAUUUUUUUGGGGACACACUAAUGUACAGUAGCCCAAGAAAGUCUACAUACAGGAAAAAUUAUUAUGUUACUUUAAUUUAAAGCAGUUUUUUUAUUUUUUUUGAGAUAUAUAAUAAUAAAUGUCUUAUGUCGAUUUUAGCAAAAAAAAUUCAAAUAACGCCCAAAAGUUCACCGUUAUUAGAGUUAUUGAUUCUGAGUAAAAUAACGAAAAAUUUAUUCUCGGUCACGCCUACUUUUGGGUGGGCGGCACUAUUAAGUUUCAUAAUAUUUUGAACAUUAAAGCCAAAAAAACCAAAAAAAAUGUUCGUUAUUUGACUCAGAAUCAAAAAAUUUAACAACGGUGAAAUUUUGGAAGUGAUAGGAAAUGUUGCUAAACCCGACUUAAGUGAUGUUGUUUUAAUUUUUUUUUAGUGUGAAUUUAUUUUUUUAACAAAUAUAUUUCACUACUUUUAACUUACAAAUACAGCUUUCAACGAAAGAAAUUUAAUUUGAAUUCCUGUAUGUAGACUUUAUUGGGCUACUGUAUAUGUGCAAGAUUUUUCGAAAGUAGUCUAAGUCAAUAUUUAUUUUAUUAUUUUUUCACUCAAGUGCCAAUUUAUCGCACAAAAUUGUCAAUAAAUUUUCGGAGUACAUAUUUUAGAAAUUUAAAAGAAUUUUAUGUUUCAUACAUCAUUGAGUGUGUACUAUUAGAUAACUUAGAACAAGACUUGUAUUUACAUUAACGUCAUUGCCACACUUGCAUUAAUGUUGCGCAACAUAUUUAUUCAGUGGUUUUGUUCAGUAUAUCUACUCUUCUUUGGGUUAAUUUAUUUGAUUUGUCUUCAGCACGUAAAUUAGGUGUUGAACUGAAUUAGUCUAUUCUAUAUUUAUUUGUUGAAAUUCAUAGUAAUAAUAUAAAAAGUCCCUUUGGACCAAAAUAACUUAUAUAACAUAGGUGAAAUACCUGAAUAUACUAUAUACAUAUAUACGGAAACAUAAAAUUCCAUUCGAUUUCAUCUGUAACUUAGAAAUACUCAUCACUUUUUAGCUCCCCAGCCAAAGAAAUAAAAUAUAUUUUUGUAAAUGAGAUUAUCCCAUAAACAGCAGCAAGGUGAACUGAAAUGUUGUACUAGUCAAAUAAAGUAGUUGUAAAAAAGAGAUGAAGUAACCAAAGUGAGAAAAAAAAAUAAAUGAGAAAUAUCCGAAAUAUAUGGACGAUAUUCAAAAGCCCUCGAAAUGUAUUAGCUGUUUCAGAUGAAAAACGUUAUUCGAGAAAAAAAAAUAAAUGAGAAAUAUCCGAAAUAUAUGGACGAUAACAUUAUUCGUAUGAGAAAAUUUGCUUUGUAGAUGAUUUAUAGCUUUACAAUAAACAUUUUUAAGAAAUAUUUAAAUCGUCUACUAUAAAAUUGUAUAUUUAUACAAACAAAUUAUACAACGAAUUUAAAAAAAUUUAAAAAUUUUAGUCCUUUAGAAUUUCUCAUUUCUCAAUACACAGAAAUUAUGUUCAUCGAUUUUUUUUCUUCUUAUGUACAAAUAUGAAAAAUGCUUUAAAUUUUAGGCGAUGGCGUUAAUGUAAAGUUAUCUAUAUAUUCAGACAAGGAGAGAAAAUAGAAAUCAUGUUCUUAGUUAUCUAAUAGUACACAUUUAAUGAUGUAUGAAAAAUAAAAUAGUUUUAAAUUUCUAAAAUGCUCCGAAAAUCUAUUGACAUUUUUCAUUCUAAGUACUACCUCACUUUGCACCACGGUGUAGAUAUUAUACAAAAUACAAACAAAUGUUUUAUCAAAUUAAGUGAUUUAAGAUAGCUUUUUUUAAUUUCAAAUACUAAUUUUUUCAUAUUAAACAUAAAAUAAACGACAGAAACAA